CUCAACUCUACACCCCCAUGAGCCCUUUUGACACGGACCUACCGAUUCAAGCAGCGCCAAGUGCAUCAUUUGGUUCUCAUCUUGACCAAUCCAAAGAACUUUCUACAGACUUUUCCUCUGUGGAUCUCAGCUUUCUUCCAGAUGAUCUUAACCAAGAUCAUGGAGAGCAGACUCAUUUGGAAGAUGGUCGUGAAAUGCCAAGAGAGCAAUACCAGUCACAGUCGACGGAGCAGGACAGUGGAUUCUUAAAUGACAGCAAUUUGUCACAACUGAGCUAUGCGGAUGCUACUGAGCCCUCACAUGAAACAUCUGGGGCCUGUCCCCCUUUGACACCCAUGACCCCUAUUACCCCAAUGACACCUGUUUCUGAAAGCUCUGGCAUUGUUCCUCAGUUACAGAAUAUAGUGUCCACUGUCAACUUGGCUUGUAAACUAGAUCUGAAGAAUAUAGCUCUGCAUGCCAGGAAUGCAGAAUAUAAUCCAAAGAGGUUUGCUGCUGUGAUAAUGAGAAUCAGAGAACCAAGAACAACAGCCCUUAUAUUCAGUUCGGGCAAAAUGGUCUGCACAGGAGCAAAAAGUGAAGAGCAGUCCCGGCUUGCCGCUAGGAAGUACGCCCGUGUGGUGCAGAAGCUUGGGUUCCCUGCCAAGUUCCUGGACUUCAAAAUACAGAAUAUGGUGGGCAGCUGUGAUGUGAGGUUCCCCAUCCGGCUGGAAGGGCUGGUUCUAACACAUCAGCAGUUCAGUAGUUAUGAACCAGAACUAUUUCCUGGCCUUAUUUAUAGAAUGGUCAAACCAAGGAUUGUCUUGCUCAUCUUUGUGUCUGGAAAAGUUGUAUUGACUGGUGCAAAAGAGCGUUCUGAAAUCUAUGAGGCAUUUGAAAACAUCUAUCCUAUUUUAAAGGGUUUCAAGAAAGCAUCUUAACGCUUCUUGGGGGGAGGAAAAACCACAAGAGGAAUAUAUAGGUUUGUGUGUUUAUACAUAGAACCAAUGUAACAUUAUUCCUUUACCUAAAAUACAGAAUUGUGAAUUAUAAGGCAUAUAAAGCCAUUUUGAACCUUUGAACUAUAAACCAUGACUAGAUAGAUGCUAGUUAGAAAAGUGUGCAUGAAGCAAUUUUGCUGUAAAACUUGAUGUUUCUAAUGAGUUCUGUCGUAUCCAGUUCUGUUAAAAAUUCACAAUAAGCAAAAGUAAAUUUCCUUUUGAACAGGAAUGUAAAUUAGGAUCACUGCCCUAUAAAAAUAUUUUGUAGUACAAUUAAUGCAAAUCUGUUUGGUUUUUUUGCAAUAGAAUGGAUGUAACAGUGAAGGUUAGU